UUGUUCCUCCACCCCGCUACCCCCUACUUUAUAACAAAUAUAUAUCAUUACUCUAAUAAUGCACUCCCAUCUUCUUCAUUUUUUCACUACAAACACCCAAACAAUUCUCUCUUCCUCUCACAUCACCCACACCAACUCAAGCUCAACUCUUCCACAGAUUUUGUUGGUUCUCAUACUCUCCUGCAAAAGGCUGCAAGAUUCCAAGUGGGGAUACAGCUAAUAUAGCUACGCUGUGUCUUUUUGUUGUGAAAAAGAGUUCUUGAUGUCAAUUGAGAUGCUGCAGCCCUUUGUACGUGAAUGACAUAAGCUUCUUGUCGUACCAUUGUUCCCUUAGCCGAAGUCCCAGCAGAAAAAAUCAACUUUUCCGAGAAGUUUCCUGCAUCAGUCCUCCAUUGUCCAAGCUUUUUGCAGCUUUUGUUGAGAUGCAAGCAUCCCAAGAAUCCGAAACAUCUUCCGGUUUCCACAGUUUCUACAAUCGGCCUGUGCAGCAGGUUGAACCAUAUGGCAUUUCGACUUUCCAAGUCCUGAACAAUAAUUCAACUAGUAGCAAAAGCCAGGGGUCUGGAUUUUCUUUUCAAACUUACACUGAACAAUUCUUCACUCUGGAAUCUACACCAGCAACUGAUUUUGCUGCCUACAAUUCACCCUCAGCUGUAAGUGUCUCUUCCAGUCGGAGUCCCUUUUCCCCCCAGGGUUCGCAUUCAUAUGGGUCUGAUCUACAUCACUCAUCUGAUAAUACCUAUGGUUCACCUUUGAGUGGGUCUUCUGGGGUCGAAGAUGAGAACAAGUUGAUGCAUGCACUGUGGGUACUGAGGAACGAACUGCUGGGGCCUGAAUCGGAUACCGAUGAUAGUGGAUCCUUUAACGGUAUAGUCACACAGCCCUCGCCAUUCACAAGGUACAACAGAAUCCUUGAAAUGGCCCCUCACAUGGACCUGAAACAAUUGCUUGUUGCCUGUGCUGAAAUAGUAUCAGAAGCUGAUACUAUCUCGUUCUCAGACAGGCAGGUCGCAGUAUCAGCUGCAGAAGCUUUGAUGGAGAUAUUAGAAAAGCAGGUCUCAGUGUCUGGUGAGCCUUUACAAAGAUUAGGAGCAUACAUGUUGGAAGGACUCAGGGCGAGGUUGUUAUCCUCAGGCAGCAUAAUUUACAAAAAGUUGAAGUGUAAAGAACCAACAAGUUCUGAAUUGAUGUCUUACAUGCAUGUGCUUUACCAAAUCUGCCCAUACUACAAGUUUGCUUAUAUGUCUGCUAAUGUUGUCAUUGGGGAAGCCAUGGAAAACGAGAACAGGAUCCAUGUUAUCGAUUUCCAGAUUGCGCAAGGUAGUCAGUGGGUUUCCUUUAUUCAGGCUCUUUCACGCCGGGCUGGUGGGCCCCCAUAUAUUCGCAUUACUGGUAUCGAUGAUGCCCAAUCAGCUCAUGCCCGGGGCGGAGGAUUGGACUUAGUUGGGCAGAGGUUAGCACAAGUAGCUAAAUCAUGUGGAGUACCGUUUGAAUUUCAUGGUGCGGCUAUGUCCGGGUGCGACGUCCAACUGGAGAAUCUUCAGGUUAGACACGGAGAGGCAUUGGCUGUGAAUUUUCCCUAUAUUCUGCACCACAUGCCAGAUGAGAGUGUAAACACCAUGAAUCAUCGGGACCGCCUCCUUAGACUAGUUAAGAGCUUGUCGCCCAAGGUUGUGACCCUUGUUGAACAAGAAUCCAACACCAACACUUCUACUUUCUUCCAACGAUUUUGUGAAACCCUCGACUAUUAUACAGCAAUGUUCGAGUCCAUUGAUGCAGCACGUGCAAGAGAGGAUAGACAGAGGAUUAGUGCAGAGGAACACUGUGUGGCGAGGGAUGUCGUCAACAUAAUCGCUUGUGAGGGGACUGAGCGGGUGGAAAGGCAUGAGCUUUUUGGUAAGUGGAGACUGAGACUUAUGAUGGCUGGAUUCUCUCCAGUCCAAUUGAGUCCAUCAGUCGGCAUUGCUAUCAGGGAUAUGCUGAAAGAAUAUAGCUCGAAUUAUAGAUUGGCGGAGGGCCAUGGUGCACUGUAUCUUGGAUGGAAGAACAGAGCUCUAGCAACAUCUUCGGCAUGGAGAUAACAAUCAAAAGCUGGAAAUGAUACGAUAAUAGGGAUAUCAUCAUAAAUAUGUAGAUUUACAAGAUAGGGUGCGUUUUACUUGUAAAGUAAACUGAUACUGUUUUUUGUGCUUUUCUUUCCUAGUUGAUGAAAGCUCCGCUGCUAGAAUCUUGAUUCUGACUUGUAGACAUCUUGUAAAUCCCAUCACUGAAUGGUACUAGAAAGAUCUUAAUGGGACAGGACCUACAUUAUUCUGAAUGCCGCCUUAUGUUGGUACA